AUGGCUCCCAAAGUUGAGCUAAAACCCCUUCCCAAGGGGCUCAGGGUACUCAAAAGGUGUGAGGAGAAACAUCUGGUGCUCAAUGGGGAGAAUUGCCACUUCAUGGUCAGAGAUGGGAUUGUUCUAGGGCAUAAGAUCUCCGAGAAAGGCAUUGAGGUAGAUAAGGCAAAGGUCGAGGUGAUGAUGAGCUUGCAGCCACCAACAACUGUGAAAGCUAUCAGAAGCUUCUUGGGUCACGCAGGGUUUUACAAGAGGUUCAUCCAGGAUUUCUCAAAAAUAGCGAGACCACUCACCAAACUGCUCUGCAAGGAGAUCAAGUUAGAUUUCGACAGCGAGUGCUUAGCUGUGUUCCAUACGAUCAAGGGAUCUCUAGUCAGCGCACCUGUUGUACAACCGCCAGACUGGGAUCUCACUUUUGAGAUCAUGACUGAUGCUAGCGAUUUUGCAGUUGGAACAGUCCUUGGGCAGCGCAAGGAUAAGAAACUUCAUGUGAUCUAUUACGCAAGCAAAACCAUGGAUGAGGCUCAAUGCAGAUACGCUGCGACUGAGAAGGAACUCCUGGCUAUUGUUUUUGCAUUCGAGAAGUUCAGAUCCUACCUGGUGGGAUCAAAGGGAGUCGAGAAUGGGGUUGCAGACCACUUGUCCAGAAUGAAGAUUGAGGACGACACAGCUCUUGAUGAAGAAGACACAGUGGAACACAUCAACGCGAUUGGGAUUCUACAUCAUUGCCAUGGUUCCUCCUAUGCAGGGCACUUCGCCACAUUCAAAACGGUUUCCAAAAUUCUCCAAGCAGGUUUCUGGUGGCCAACUAUAUUCAGAGAUGCUCACGCCUACAUAGCUCGAUGUGAUGCAUGCCAGCGACUUGGGAACAUCAGCAAAAGGAAUAAAAUGCCUCAGAAUUACAUUUUAGAAGUUGAGGUGUUCGACUGUUGGGGAGUCGACUUCAUGGGACCAUUCCCUCUGUCCUUCAAGAACGAGUACAUCCUGGUCGCCGUUGACUAUGUCUCCAAGUGGGUAGAAGCAGUGGCGGGUCCCACUAAUGAUGCAAAAGUGGUGACUAAGAUGUUCAGCUCCAUCAUCUUUCCGAGAUUUGGAGUGCCUCGAGUGGUCAUUAGCGAUGGUGGAACAUACUUCAUCAACAAGGCAUUUCAGGGCCUCUUAAAGAAGAAUGGAGUAAGGCACAAGGUGGCGACUGCUUAUCAUCCACAAACGAGUGGACAGGUUGAGGUUUCCAACAGAGAGAUCAAGAGCAUUCUCCAGAAAACUGUCAACACCUCAUGA